UGGCUGUGGAUAGGGGCGCCCGCUGCCUACAAUAAAGUGAAUGGGAAGCAGUCCGCCUGGAAUCUCCUCCACUCUCUGUGCAUGUCACAAAGCACACUAAGCAGGAUCACAGCAGGACUAAACUAUUACAGCAGCAGCAGCAGCCAGCCUAUCUAUUCUCAUCCACUCUCUUCUCCAAGCAGGAUUAGUCCAGGAACCCUCUGAACCCCAACGUUGUCACUUUGUACCGCCUGAUGGAUUUCAACCUUCUAACAGACUCGGAGGCUCGCAGUCCUGCCCUCUCUCUGUCUGACUCUGGAACACCUCAACAUGAUCACAGCUGCAAGGGGCAGGAUCACAGCGACACAGAAAAGUCUCAACAAAACCAAACAGAUGACUCCAAUCCUGAAGAUGGAUCACUUAAGAAGAAACAGAGGAGGCAGAGGACACAUUUUACUAGUCAACAACUCCAAGAGCUUGAGGCCACCUUCCAGAGGAACCGUUACCCAGACAUGAGCACCAGGGAGGAAAUCGCAGUUUGGACCAAUCUCACAGAGGCCAGAGUUAGGGUAUGGUUCAAGAACCGGAGAGCCAAGUGGAGAAAACGAGAACGAAAUCAGCAAGCUGAACUUUGCAAGAAUAGCUUUGGAGCCCAGUUUAAUGGACUUAUGCAGCCCUAUGAUGACAUGUACUCUGGAUACUCUUAUAACAACUGGGCUACCAAAAGUCUUGCAACUAGUCCCCUCUCUGCUAAAAGCUUUCCAUUUUUUAACUCCAUGAAUGUAAGUCCUUUGUCAUCCCAACCAAUGUUCUCUCCACCCAACUCAAUAGCCUCUAUGACUAUGCCUUCUUCUAUGGUUCCAUCAGCAGUGACUGGAGUUCCUGGCUCUGGCCUUAAUAAUUUGGGGAAUAUCAACAACCUUAACAGCCCCAGUCUCAAUUCUGCUGUCUCAGCCAGUGCCUGCCCCUAUGCCUCUUCAGCAAGUCCCUACAUGUACAGGGACACAUGCAACUCAAGCCUUGCAAGUUUAAGGCUGAAAGCUAAACAACAUGCUAACUUCACGUACCCAGCAGUACAGACUCCGGCUUCAAAUCUAAGCCCAUGUCAGUAUGCUGUGGACCGGCCAGUAUGAACGACCACAUACCAAAGACUCAAUGGUAGCCAUAAUACAGAAGACCUUAUUGUCCUGCAGUGGAUGCCUUUUUAAAAGUCAAAAACAAAGGGCAUAACAUUUUUCUGAGGAACCAUUUCCAUUUUGAAAAUGACAAAACUGCAGACUUUAUUAUAAUUUGAGUUCAAGAGGACAUUCUUUAUGAAUUGCUCAGAGGAAGACAGUGUUUCCAAUCCAAAGAAAAACUGAAUUCCAAGAUCUUGAGUACUCUUGGUUCACAAGGCAAGCUGUUUAAUUGUUGUGCAGUUUUGAUUGAACAGGAAGUUGUCAGGCUCCCCUAUUUUGUACAGUUUACCUAAACUAGAGACGUAAAAUAUGUAAUAGAAUAUUUCAAUGCAAAAAAGUCACCAAGUCUACUUAUUUAUCACAAGGAUAAUCCAAACAGCCAACAGUACAGAGCAACAAAUGCUGCACAUAUAUGCAAACAUAUGCAUGACUGUGGCAAUUGUCCAGUGGGGAGCCACAAAUGUAAUCUAAGAAAAUAGGAUGUAUAUAUAUUAUAUAAAGUAUAAGAUGAACCUUUUUUUCUUGUUUUUGUAUGUGGAUUUAUCUAUAAAAUAGAAUUUAAACAUAAGGCGAUGCAUGUCCCAGUUGAAGCAGACUCCCACAGCAUUUUUGGCAAUGAUGUUUUGCAAGCCUGCUUCAGAUACUUUGAAAGUGUAACUUUUAAUAAUGGUCAUUUUUCUUUCAACAAGCUUCAGUGUCGCUCUCUGUCUUUUCUCCCCAAGUUCCAUUUGAAACACACAAAAAAAAUAAAAAAAAUGUUGCAGAAA